AUGUCGCUUUCUGCUUUCGAGCUGGCACACCCUUCAAAUUCCCUCGCUCGGCCAGCAAGGCUAGAUGGAUACCCCUCAUUUGCCUAUUUCAUCGCAAGAGAUGCUGACGCAGCCAUCUAUCGCAAGUAUGCUCAUCUGAGCGCGAGAAAUCUGCUCUAUCUGCAAAGUGAGCUUCAUGAAUUAGAGGAACAACUCCAGCAGCUGGACGGAGAAGACGCCAAACACAUUGACGAUGAGCUUGCGCAAAAGGCGGCGCGAUACUGGACGCACUAUUCCGAUCCUGACAACGCUAGAGCAUGCCAACACAGAAGUCUGCAAGAGAAGAUCAGGCUGAAGUUGAGAGAGUAUCAUGAAGCCUUGUUGCUUGAAAAUCGAGUGCUCGCGCUAGCUCCUCCCAAAUCUCGGACUUUGAAGGGUUUUAGGAAGUGGUUCAUUUCGAAAACUAUCCCGGUCCUGUGGGGACAAGAUCAGAAUCUAUUCACAGACGAACGAGAUCUCGUGGCCUUGGCUCCGGUCGAGACUGACCGACUUGAUAUCUUCUUACAAUCCUACUUUAGCUGGUUCUUCAAGGAGAAGCAACAACCUGAAAGUGGCGAUGACACCUAUGGCAUUAACAGGGAGAUUUUUUACUACCCUCAACGACGCAUUGAAAGAGCUGGCGCAGUACUAUCAGUACUAUUCAGCGCUAUACUUCUGAUUGGAGCCAUAGUAUGCUUACUCCUGGUAUCAGACCGCAGCAUCAAUAUAAGAGUCGGACUCAUAGUGCUCUUCAUAUCGCUCUUUGCUCUCGUUGUGGGCUUGCUAACAAAUGCGCGGAGAGCGGAGAUCUUUGGGGCUACAGCUGCAUACGCAGCUGUCCUCGUUGUAUUUGUCAGCAACGAUUUUGGAAAUAGCAUCAAAUGA